AAUGCACAGACGGUUCAGUAGUAAUUUGAUGUGUGUCCCCGGGGACAUUUGAUGGAUUAAAGCUAAGCAGCUCCAUUUCGCAGCACCACCUGAUCUUCCUCUGCCUGUGCCCCAUAUAAAGGCUGGCGUGAUUGCUGAUCUCAGCUAGUCUGACAGUCUCUCUCUCUCUCUCUCUUGCGCUCUCUCCCUCCCUCUCUCUGUCUGUCUCCAUCUCUUCUCUUCCUCACUGGUCUCUUAAGCCUGCUGCAUCACAGGAGCUAUCCAGUGCUGAACAGGAUUGCUUUUAUUUUUUUAUUUUUUUAUUUUUUCCAGGGGAAGCUGGGGGAACCAAAGAGUAUCAGCCCCAGCAUUGCCAUCAGCCUUGUCCUGCACUGGUUUCCAUCUUUUUUCGUUCUUGUCUUAUGUUUCUGACCACAUCCACCAGAAGGAUUACCGUCAAGCCCGCUCCGCUUGUUUGCGUCCUCAGAGGGUCUUUUAUUUUCUCUCAUGCGUUUCUCUCAGCCCCGUGUUUUCAUCCACUGAAACAUGCCCCGCUCUUUUUUGGUGAAGAAGAUCAAGCUUGAUGAUUUUUCUUCGUCCAAUGUGGCCAACUCCAACCAUCAUCACCACCUGGAUGACUCGUUCACUUUUGCACGCUCCAUCACAGACUCAGUGACCAGUCUUGGGGUUCGUCUCAGUGAGAAUGGAUACAUCCAGGAUUACAUCACGCCAUCUGUAUACCAGGGGGAGAAGAAGAUGGAGCAUAAGUUGGCGUCGCCGGUGUCGGACCCCUUGUACACCCAGGUGAGCAGCGGAGGGGAGUACUGCGACCCGGACCUGAAGCACCCCGACAGCCCCCAGUCCGGCAUGACGGCGAGCGGCUUCUACAGUGGUGAAUCGGAGGCUCUGGCCGAGGGUUACACCAUGGAUGCCUUCUUCAUCUCCGACGGCCGCUCCAGGCGAAAGGGAGAGGGCGAGGCUCGUGGGUCCAGCUCGAGAAGCAGCAGUGCAAACGGAGGCGCUCAGGAGCGAGGAGCCGGCGUACCUCGCCACACCUGCAACGAGUGCGGGAAGACCUACGCCACCUCCUCCAACCUCAGCAGACACAAGCAGACGCACCGCAGCCUGGACAGCAAGAUGGCCCGCAAGUGUCCCACCUGCAGCAAAGUGUACGUGUCCAUGCCGGCGUUGGCGAUGCACAUCCUCACCCACGACCUCAAGCACAAGUGCGAUGUGUGCAGCAAGGCGUUCAGCCGGCCCUGGCUGCUGCAGGGUCACAUGCGCUCACACACGGGGGAGAAGCCCUUUGCCUGCGCCCACUGUGGCAAAGCCUUUGCUGACCGUUCAAACCUCCGCGCCCACAUGCAAACACACUCUGCCUUCAAGCACUACAGAUGCAAGCGCUGCAAUAAGACCUUCGCUCUCAAGUCCUACCUGAACAAGCACUAUGAGUCAGCUUGCUUCAAGGGCUCUGCAGACGAAGACGACUCCGGAUCAGAAAACUAACCCCCGAGAGAAGCAAAAUUUCUGAGCCCCUUGUCGAAGGUUCACAACCAAUAACCCUGUUCACUCUGCCCUCCAUGCCUUUUUUCUUCCCUUUUUUUAGAAAGCAAUAUUUUCACUGAGAUUACGUGAAGAAACUCUGAUAACUGAUUAUGGCAAAGACAAUUUCAAAAGAUGCUGGAUUUUUUUCCCCCUGCACAGUAGCUAAUCGUCCACAGAAACAUACAAUCAAUCAACCUUCCCCGCAAAUAGAGACUGUAGAUGUUAGUUGUACACAACUCUCAGCGACAUGUGCUCACACCGAUGUGGGAACAUGUAAACACACACCCACACACACACACACACACACAUACACACACACACGCACACACCACGAUACACACAUGAUGCACAUCCACACUUACAACACAAUUAUAUAUGAGGCCUGGCAUGUGAAUUUUUAUCAAUGACUAUAAUAAUAUUGAUAUCAAUAGUAAUAAUAUUUAGAUUCCUGAUAUUUUAUAGGAAAUAGUAACAAAAAACAAACAAAAAAAAACAUAAAAAAGGACUAACAGUGUUAUUUUGUUUUUUAGAGACAAAAUGACCUCUUGUAUUUUUAUGCUGCUUUUUAUUUGCUAAGAAUUGAAUUCUUUUGCAACUGCCAACAUAAACUUUUUACAAAAAUGUGAACUAUGACAGUAUUUGCAAAAAAGGGAGAUCAUUUUAAAAGGUAAAAAAAAAAAAAGAAGACAAACCCUCCUUUUUUCCACACCAACCUUUCAAUUCAACGGAUGUUAUUUUUCUAUUUAAUUUUUCUAAAUUUAUUUUUUUGUGCUUUUUAUCUCUUGUUGAUCAAAAGCUUCUUUGUAACUGUGGGUACAUCAAACAGAGCUCAUCUUAAAUAAGCUAUAAAAGAUCAUACGUCAUUCAGAUCUAUUCUGCAGGAACAGCGAUUUUGAAAUGUUGGCCUGUUGAGCAGGUAUUACUUCUCCCACCAUCUGAUCCGAUUCACAGUCUCACCCUGAUGCACAGACUUGGACAAAAAAAAAAAACAAAAGAAUAAAAAAAAACAAAACACUGAGAGCCAGACCAAAUGAUCGAAUAAGUGCCAUGAGCAGUUCACUCAUCUAUAGCAAUUAAAACUUGUUGUUCUUCCUGCACCAUGACGGCUUGCGUAAACUCUGCUGCCUUCAUGGUGACUCGUCCAGUCUUAAUGAGUAAUCUCAACCCCGUAUUUGAGGUGCUCCCCCCCCUUCCUCCACCAGUAUUACCUCAGAGUGAACGUACGGACUCGCACACCCUCAGUUACAAAGUGACAAAUUUUUGUGUUUGUCUGUUUUUAUAUGUCGCUCAAAGCUACGCCCAUGGUUUAGUAGAUGCAUACCAUCUAUUUAUCAUGUAAAUACUUUAUUUAUCCUCCUGUUUAUCUAUUUAUUUAUUUAUUUAUUCAUCCUGUUUUUUUGCUUAUUUAUUGAAUACUUAUUUAUCAUGUAUUUAUUUAUUGUUUGUAAUUUAAAAAAAAAAAAACGAACAUCCAUUGACCUUGUAAGAUGCUGCUGAUCUUCAAAGAAAAUGUUUAUAUGCAUGAAAACUGUAGAGAGUCCAUGGGACUUAGUUUUAAAGAGGAACAAUGUACAGUACCAGUGCUAGAGGACUUCCAAUGAAUGAAUGCAGAUUUAGUUUUUAGGUUUUGUGGCAAUAACUUGACUGAAAAAGCAAUUGACAUGGAAAAACAAUCACAACUGUUCUGUUUUUGUUCAACUUAGGGCAAUAAAAAGAAAACAAUGACACGAAAAGGCUGAUUUUGUUUCCCAAAAAAGCCCUCCACCUUCUCGCAGAGGGACAUUUUUGGCCUCUUUUUUUUUGUCUUUCAAUCUCAGGCAAUUAAUAGUUCUCAGAAGUCGUCUACGCUGGUGCGGAUGCAUCCUGAAAAUCAGAGAAUAAACAGGUCUCUUUACGCUAAAGUCACAGAGGCACGACAGCAAUAAUGGCGGCAAGAUUAGCAGGACAUUACUCCAAAACUGACAUGAGGUUGCUAUUUGUUAACCCAAGAUUUUUUUUGUUUUUUACUCUACAUUAAAAACACAACAAGACAUUAAUUCUCAUUAAGGUCACAGUGAUAAUAAAGUAUUUAGCAACGUUUAACAAUUUGAACUCCGACUGAGACAACAUAAGGCUGUUUACGCACUCUGUUUAGCAGCACUAAGAAAAUGAUCUUGGCAUUAACUUCCAGGGAGAGAAAAAAAAAAGUUAUUUUUAAUUGCUGUAAUAAAAGGACACGCAGCACGGCAUUUCCAAACCACAGCUUAAUUUUUUUUCACUCCCCCUGCAUCCCUCCCCUACGCAGCAGCCGUCCUCACCCUGUCCCAACUGCCUCUGAACAGACGCGGCGAGCAGUAGAUGUGCUGAAGUGGGAUUGGCGGAGGGUGGCGGAGUGUGGGAGGAUAACAGGUGUUUGUAGACAGACUGCAGAUAGGGAGCGUAAUUGAGUCGGUGAGCGACCUCCAAGGGGAAGGUCAAGCACCAGCAGGCAAAUGCACUGUCAGCUAUUUGCAUAUUCCAAAUGGAUGGCACUAUAGCAGUAAUGCUGAGCUCGCUCUGAAAAAAAAAAAAAAAAAAAAAAAAAAAAGCUAAGCUGAGGAGGAGAAAAGAGAGCAAAGAGGAGCUUCUGUUCUAUUUGUUCAUCCUCUUCUCUCUGUUUCGCCAUCAUCCUGUGUAGUGCUACAGCUGAAUCACUGCAUGAGAGCAUCCAAACCACCUGUCUAAUGAUCAACGUGUAGGACACACAAUCUGGAACAUCGCUGUAAUAUUACACAAAUGCAAAAAAAACAAAACAAUUGCUUCCAAGAUUAUUAUUUGUUUUUUUUUCGUGUUUUUUUUUUUUUUUGUCUAUUUAAGAUGUAAGAGUCCAAUAAGGUAUCUCCAAAAUGCGGGGGUUGUGUUGUAAAAUGGCAAAAACAUGCACUGGGUAUAUUAAAAAACCUCAACUGCAAAUGCAGGCUUGCAUCUAAACCCUGGCAGUAUUAAAAGACUACUUAAAUGGAAGGUGGCACAACAUGAUAGCAAAAUAUUGCAUUUAGAUGUAAGGAAACAUUGUUCCUCUUUGAUUUUGUAAAUAUAUUUGUAAAUAUAUCACAGCAAUAAUAUCACAAUGCAUGUAGACAUUUAAAUGCUCUUUUUCUAUCCAUGUCUUUUUUUUUCUAUUUAAAAAAAAAAAAGAAGACAAAUGCAGGUACCAAUUGCAGUCUGGUUGGCCAUAUGAAUCAGGGAGCGUCUUGAUUACGAAGCUAUCUGUUAUAAGUUAGAACAACAACUAUCAACGCUGUGUUUUCUCAAAGAUCUGAUCAUGUUGGGUAUUAUUUUUUAUUCUUCCUUUCUUCUUUCCUUUCUAUUUAUGUGCCCGGCUUGGCUGCGCAAUGAAAAAAGUGCCAAAAAGUAUGAUUUCCAUGACAAAAGCCUUCAACAUAUGGUUGGCUGCUUGAAACCAUCCAUAUGGUCCUCAAAGAAAAAAAAAACUGAUUAAGAUUUUCCACCUUCUUUCUCAUUCUCUCUGUCUCACUCUCCUCCUUAUCUCUCUCGCUCUCUCUUUCUCUCCGUUCCAGUAUGAAGAAACUUAAGCCAUGAUUGCUGAGGGGUGUUUUCAUUUAUCUUGUUCUGCUACAAUUAAUAAUGAUGACCACAAUAGCAAUGAUAACAUUAAUAAAAACAAUAGCACAAGGAA